AUGAGAAAGAGAAAUGAAUUACUGCGGCUAAGAAAGAAGAAAACAGACUUUUGUGUCAGAUUCAAUCGAGAUGAUGAUGAUGAAAAGAUUCUUCAUCUUUGUACAGAAAUAUCUGAAACAGCAACAAGAAGAAAAAUAUUUAGCACGGGAAAUCAAUCAUCAGUACAAUCGAAGUAUGGAAGGAACGAGUGGAACGGCAAACAAUUAAAGCGUAGAAAAACUAAUUCAAUAAGAGAUUUCUUUCUCAGAUGGUGA